UUGAAAACAAUUGUUGAACGGCAAGCGUACAAGCGUCAUGCGCCAAUUUUAUUCGGACGAUCCUUGCCAUUGCACAAGAGUGCGAAGCCACACGCGCGUCGACUUCCGAAGAAUCGCUCCGGAAACCACUCACUAUUUGUGCAAUACGUUAUAUCGAUGCGCGUCGAAAAUUUGGGAAAAAUAUUGAAAAAAUUAUAAAUGGGUCUUUUAUAUCGGGACUAUUUUGGUUUGGUAAAUUAAUGAGAAUAAACUUGUGUGUAUAAUUGGCUGGUAGCAGUUUUAUUACAACAAAUUAAUCAUUAAUUCAAGAUCUUCCAUAUCCAAUGUGUCUGUAUAUAUCCAAUGGAUAAAGAAGGUUUACCCAGCGAUAGAAUAAGAGACAAAUUAAAAUAGUUAUAAUGAGUGAUAAAUACUGUGAUUUUAAAUUUCUUAGGAAUACCAGCGCCUACUUCUACAUAAAUUUAAUAAUAUGUGUGUUUGGGUCUAUUGCGAACGUUAUAAACAUAUGUGUACUACGUAGUAAACAGAUGCAGUCGUCGACGAACUGCAUACUAACAGGACUAGCUUUAUCCGAUUUACUGGUGAUGUUGCAGUAUAUUCCAUUCACAGUCCACCGAUACUACAAAAAUAUGAAUAGGAUAAAGCCAGAUUUGCACUUCAGCCACGCCUGGGCCGUAUUUUAUAAGUUCCACGCACUAUUCACAAUAGUUUGCCACUUCAUAUCAUGUUGCUUAACAAUAAUAUUGGCGAUAUGGAGGUAUAUUUAUAUCUCAAAAAUUCACGCCAAUAAUAUUUUUUCUAAUCAUAGGAAAACUAAAUUAAUUGUUAUGUUAACGUAUUUGUUGUGUCCACUCAUAUGUUUCCCUUUGUAUUCGACGUUAUUUAUUCGUGACAUAAAGCAAAGGGUUGACAUGGACGGGUUUAUGGUAGAAAAUAAUCAACUGCAACAAUACGGACCAAACUACAGCUUUCACAAUGUAACAAUAUAUAUGUUAUUUCCUAAUGAUCCUCAUCGCCUCAGCAUUUGGAUAUACAGUCUUUGUUUAAAAUUUUUACCCUGCAUAUUGUUGUCAAUUUUAUCAUAUUUCAUUAUAUCCAAGUUACUCGACACGAAACGGAGAAAACGGAAGUUGUUGAGUAGUUGCAAUCCCAUGGAUGAUUUGCAGGGCAAGCACCGUCAAAACUCGAUCCAUUUAUAUAAGGAGAGCCAGGCUGACCGAACAACAAUUAUGCUGUUAAUGGUGCUCUUGCUAUUUUUAAUAACUGAGUUCCCACAAGCAAUAUUGGGCCAGCUCAUAAAUAUUUAUGGGGACGAUUUCUAUGAAAAUUGCUACGCUCCUUUAGGUGACGUCUUAGAUAUAAUCGCUUUAAUUAAUUCUUCCAUAAAUUUCAUUCUUUACUGUUCAAUGUCCAGACAGUUUCGGAAAACAUUUAAUGAAAUAUUCAAAAUUUCCGCAAUUCUUCAGUGUUUCACUCAAACUCCAAAAGUGACCGAAGAAACUGCUAUUGAAACUAAAAUUACGCUACUAUAGCAACAUAAAGUGUGUUAUUUUUUGUUUUAAUAAUUAUUACAUUUAAAGUAAGAUAAUUGUCAUAAAAUAUCACAUUUAUUUCAUUUUUAAACAACGAGAAAAUUGUAAGUACCAAUUAUCUAAUUUUUCAUUUUGAAAAUGUAAAAAUUAUAAUAUGUACAUUAAUUUUUAGCUGUAGUUAUAUACAUAUUUAACUUAGGGACAAGUAAUUUAACAAGUGGACCCCCUAGAUUUAAAUUGUUGUACAAAUUGCCUUUUAAAUUUAAUUCGCAUUUAAAAAAUACAUAAAAUAAAAGGGUACAUUUGUUAUUUAUACUAAAUAUACAAUGUAAACCAGUACUUGGAGCCCCUUACUGAUUGACAUUGGAUUAUACAGUAAAAUAAAACCAUACAUUUUUAUAUAAGGUGCCUAUGUAAAGUUGUAUCAAAUUUGAAGACCCUUUAUGUAUUAUUGUAAUAGAUUGUUCUUAGAAAACGUAAUUCUACAUGUUUUAGGAUGCUAAAUCAAACCAUAUAUAAAGUACGUAUGUAAAGAAUUUAUAUUAUUUAGUUUUUCCAUUAUAAUUAAUCUAAUCAUAAUAUUUAUAAUAUAUUUUUUUAGAAAUUUUAAUAAUCGUACGAAUAUUGCAGCAGAUUUUGCUUUAAUUUAAUUCUAUGACUACUUGUAUUUUUUCUAUUUAUGUAUAUUAUAAACUUAAUAAAUAAGUAAGACUGU